AUGGCUCCCUCGCCACCUCAAACUUCUCUCGACACCUUCGCUCAGCCUCCCUCCAACAUCCAAGGUCGCAUCAAAGUACGUCCUCUGAGCCAACCACCCAACGUCACUUUGCCAAGAAACAACUGCGCAGAGCAGUCAAUCACCACUCGAGCUGGACGACGAGCUUCCAGUCUAGCUCUAAUUGCCCACAAGGUCAACGAGGCCUCCGGCAAUAUGAGUCCAGAUCAUAGCUCUCAUCAUUCGAGCGAGUCGUUAACUGAACCCCGCAGAGGACGUUCCCUCAAUCGCUCCUCUCGAAGAGAAGAGGCGCACACCAGAGGCCGUUACAGCAUAUCUCCAGCACGCAUUCGACGUCCCCCACCUACCAGCCUACAGCUGACCAAAAUGAACGACAACGAAGAAAACAGCCUCCGUUCCUCCGAUAGAACGCCAUCGCUGUACCAGACUACCGGUGACAGCAUCGUCGAUGAGCUGCUCGUUUCCUCGCAAGAAAGCAUCGAAAACGACUGCUCUGCUCACAUGAUGCGAAUUGGUCGAGUGCCCAUUACAACGCCGAGACAUCAUGCCGUCGAACCCCUCAAGCCCACCGUCGACUCAGCUCCUGCAACUCAACCAGUCAGGUCACACCACGUACGUCAAGAUGUUCAAGACCUGGACGACAUGGAUUGGACUCCCGAAAUCGAGCCUAGGACCUCGAUAUUCAGUCAACUUCCUCUUCGUGCGCGCACAAGCUAUCCGCCGAAGAGCGCCAGCGCUUUGGCGACUUCGGGCCACCUGUCGCAACAACAACACCCUCAACGAGAGCGAGACCCCUUGCCCCAGUUGCCGCCUUACACCAACCACCUUCUACGACGUUAUGCCAGUGCACGAUGUGCCCGUACCUCAGCGCUUCGCAGCCCAGAUUGCUCGAGAGGCGUUUGGCUUGGCUUCUCUGAUCUUGAUCGCUCCAAUGACCGCCGUCGUCAGGGACACGACAAGCAUCGAAGUGUCGACUUCUUGUAUUCGGUACCGUCCUUCUUGGAUCGCUCCAAAGCACCGACUUCGCCAUCUUCGCCACCGACUUGUCGCCACACAUCGAGAGCUUCAGCGGUAUCAACCAUUUGCGCGUCUCGUAUGCCGCAUGGUCAGCGCCGUCACACUAGCUUCGAUUUUGCUGCACGCCAAGAGCAGAUUUGUUUGCCCAAGCAACAGACAGCGGGGAGCGUUCACUCCACACCUCUCACGCACAGCGUUGCGGACGUCAACGGCCGCAACCGCUCGAGCACCGGCUCAGCACGAGCUACCAAGCUGCAGAUCGGAUUCAGCCCGACAAUUGCUGUCAAGGUCGAUCGUUCGCAGGCGUCGGGAACGAUCAGCACUGGGGAAGAGCGCGCUGAGCCCACGCCAAAUGGCGCUAUCCCAGCUACAGAUGCUCGAGGUCGACUGACCGCAUGCGCAUGUCGUGCUGGCGACUGUGCUGCAUCCCGUCGUCGUCUAUCAGAACCACCGACCUUCGCUCGCACACCACCAUCGCUGUGCAUGCAGUCUGCCUCGGAUGGAGUAAAUGCUGCGCAACGCCGUGCGGACCACGCAUUUUUCCUCUCUCCCGGCAUCGAAGGCCAUCAGAGCCAUGGGAGCAACGAUGCAGAGGCAAAAGCGCGCACCGUUUCUUCUACGCAACAAGCUGCUUCUGUUCCAGCGGCAUCCCUAGGAGCUGAUGACCGUACGACGACAGUCAGCGCUGCCGUUCCUAUCAAUGCUCCAGGGCGUCGUCAGCUAGAGCUCUUUGCGCACACUUCAUCCGACCGUCAGGCAUUUGCGCGCCGAAGAGCCGGACUAGACGACGACUCGUCGACCAUUGCCAAUACUGCCACCCCGUCCGACCGUGAAAGCGAUGUUUUCGGCAAUAUCAACCCAAUGGCUUUCUGCGAUGAGAAACGAACCCUCGCGCGUCCACAUCGCAGAGGCGCUUCCGGUGACCGUGUAAGUCUCACACGCCAUCAUGCGCCGGUGAUAGCCUCAUCUAACAGUUGUCCUAUUCUUUUGUGUGGUGGAAGCUCCUUGACGUGGGCGCUAGUCAAGAUGCUCCAUCCUGCUCCGCAGCAGAAGCUCGCGCAGAUCGGCUCAGAAAUCGCUUUGGAUUAGGCCACACUACGCUCGCCUCGCCUCUCGUCGAUGAAGAGUUCGCCAGCCUUGCAGCUCUUUGCUCAAUGUUCGAGCCUAGAGCGGCUCCUACGUGGCGUGUUCCUGGCUCGAUGACUGAGUGCAGCGUGGGCGCGAACCGCUCGGCAGCACAGCGACUCGAUGCGAGCGCACAGCAAGCACAGCGCCCCACCUUGCAGCCCACCUCGCUCAGUCCAUCCAAACGCAAUCACGGGACGACUGAUAUUUCGGACCCCAACGACUCGACGGACGGCAGCCGGCGCUGCUCCAAGAAUGUAAAUGAACGGCCCUCACCCUCUCUUCAAACGCCAGCUAGCCCCUCUCCAAGAGGCUAUGCUUCUCGCGCUUCUCGCUGGGGAAGGGUCUCAUCAGGCCCCAAAGGUACUCAAGUCUCCACCCGUAGAUUGCGCAGAGUCGCGAGCGCGGCACCUAGCCUUUCAAGGCCCCACAGCACAUCAAUGGCUGCUGGUCACUUUGUAGACUUCGACUUUCACGCUUCAACAUCUCGUGGGCAACCAGCCACUCACCAUGCGAUCCGCUUUACUGGCAGCAGCGGGUCGUCUGCCAGCCCCAUCAUGUCUAAUUAG